AUGGCCGCCGUGCAACCGCAGGACGACCUUCCUAAGAUGAUCCACCGGGAGAAAUGGAGGGUGGAGCACGAGCGGCUGCACGCCAAGCACCGCGGGCACGAGGCCAUGCACGCCGAGAUGGUGAUGAUCCUCGUGGCCACUCUCGUCGUGGCUCAGAUCGUCCUGGUGCAGUGGAAACAGCGCCACCACCGCUCCUACAAUUUGGUGACGCUGAUCCAGAUGUGGGUGGUGCCUGUUUACUUCACGGUCAAACUGUUCUGGUGGAGGUUUCUGUCCAUGUGGGGAAUGUUCUCCGUCAUCACCAGCUACGUCAUCUUCAGAGCCACUCGCAAACCGCUGUCCUGCCGCACGCCCAGGAUGGUGUAUAAAUGGUUCCUGUUGAUUUACAAGCUGAGUUACGCUGUGGGAGUCCUGGGAUAUAUGGCCAUAAUGUUCACCAUGUUCGGCUUCAACAUCUUCUUCAGGAUAAAGGCGGAGGACUCCAUGGACGUGGGGGUGAUCCUGCUUUUCUACGGUCUGUACUACGGAGUCAUGGGCCGGGACUUCGCCGAGAUCUGCUCCGACUACAUGGCCUCCACCAUCGGGUUUCGUCCCAGAUCCACUUUCCACCACGGGUCGCUCUGUGCUGUGGUGGCAGAGCAGGAGCCCAUGUCUGUGUCGAUGGCUCUGGCAGCGGAGGCCAAUGAAGUCGACUGA